AUGUCUCUCGUCAACAGACCCAACCGCAUCCUUGAGCAACAGCGAUUCUGGCAGGCUCCCUCCAACCAACUCUUGUACAUUCGUGGUCCCAGAGACAAGUUGUUCGUCUACGGUACUUUCCUCGUUCUCGGCACCGGUCUUGCCGGCUCCCUCUGGGGCGCUAUCAGAAUGGCACGCGGCGACAAAUAA